AUGAUACCCGGCGUCGACCACCAAGCGCCCGCUGAUGCCGACGACGGCCUGGCCCAAGAAACAGCCCGCCUCCGCCUGGGCCAGGAGCUUGCUGCACUGCACGAAGAGGGUGAGCCCGCCGACCGCUCCGGGGCAAUUCAUUUGACGCUGACCCGCCCGCGACCGCAACAAGGCGUAGCCCAGGACGCCGCCCACCCCGCUCCGCCGACGGCAAUCAACUCUCGGCCUGUGCCCAACGGCAACCCUAACGCGGUCGAUAUCACCGCCCCCUUCACCCAGGCCUGCGCCGCACUCAGCACCGGCCAGCUCGUCAAGGAUGAGUACUUCACGCUUUUCGAGUCCGUCGGGGCUCUGGAGAUCAUGGAUCCCAAGAUGGAUAGUGGUUUCCUUGCUCCCGGCGAAACUCUCGAAGAAGACUACGACGCUUUGAAAGAGCUUCUGCCCGAGGAAGUCAUUGGCAUCAUGGACCAGCUGCUGUGCUAUGAAAUGUCAUGGCACCAGGGCUACCCAUUGUCCCAAACUUUGUUCGUCUCGGUCCACAUCGACAGGCUCCUUUGGCCUGAGCCUAGGACCAUCGACGAAGCCCUCUUUCAUCGACCUUCAAACCCUCGGGCAUACCUGAAGCGUGGAUCAAGCAACGACCCUGACGGCUACUACAGAUACCCUGGCGGGAAGUCUCCUUUGCUUAUGGUCCUGCGCGCGUAUUGUCUUGGUCUGAUCAAAUACUGCGACAAUGUCAUCCAAAGGAUCAUGUCUAGAGACUACUUCGAGGAAGAGGAUUUCUCCACGCAUACUUACAGCAGACAACUCUUGACGAGAUUCCCUGAGGACGAAAUUAUUGACGUCAUUAGGUGCGCGGAGCAGUGGAUUGAACAUGAAGGGAAAUGGGGAAAGGACGGGGAAUUCGAGCUGCAGGAGAGCACUAGACAAGCGCUCCUGUCAAGACUGGCAUUACGAGAGAAGCUGCUCAUCGUGACCUCUCCUGAAAACCCUCUAGAACAGCAAGAGGAUGAUUGGUUGGCGGUGCGGCAGCAUCUCCAGGAAAUCAAAAACUCGCACGCGACGGGCGUUCCUGUCAAGGACGCCUUCAGCCCAAAAAUUCAACGGCGUCUGGCAAGCACAGUACCUCCAAGACCAGUGGUUGAACUACCUUUCUCCGAUGCGUGUCAGGUGUUGUUGGAGCUGUGUCAAGACAAUCUGGAGGUCGUUCGGGGCACCAAACUCCAGGCUAUAAGCCCCCAGGAGAUUAUGUCGUACAUCUGGGAGUUCAACUCUCGGAGGCCUCAACCUUUGAGCUACUCCCGUGCCUGCCUCGCGAGCCUAGUUUUCGGUAAUCCGAACGAAAUGUUCGAGGAGCUGCUUCGUAAGGAGCUGGAAGAACUUGUAAUGCCCAAGGAUGCGGUCCUGAACCCCGUCAACUGGUCUUUUGAAACGUCUCAAAACCCGCUGGUUCCCACAGACAAACGGGCAGUCAUGGCGUCGUUGGUCAAUGACUUCACGAGCAGAGCUGUGCAGAAUUAUAUUGGGGUCUUGACGAGCCUAUGUCAAAAUCGAUGUAGGACGCGCCGCGAACUUUGCCACAACCUAAUAGCCUUCAAUAAUCUCGAAUCAGAGGUACAGGUCCUCGACCAGGAGCUGCAUCAGCUGACAGACGAUAUUCUUCUUUUUCCUUUCGCAUCGUGGGUCUACCACAUGAAGCUGCGUCAGAUGGAAUGGAUCGUUCAGCUUGGCUUUGAGCAAGAGACAUACCUUCCGGACGAGCGUGCAGGUAUGUACUGGUGGCUUUCCAGCAUAUCCGCCUCGCGUGUGGAUCUGCUCGAGCGGAUCCUAGCGUUCAUAAGACAGCGACAUGCUCGUUUCUUGGAAGCUGGCCAAGACGAAGAUGCAGCGGAACUCCUCGAGACUCAGCAGCAUGUGGAGAGCAUGCUCCACGCAACGAAGGGUGGUUCCUCGCUCGCCGAGGCUCUUUGCAGCUUGUACAUGCUUCUCCACUACCUCAACGCGGUUCCGACGCCCUCGCGUCCCUUUGGGCAACCGUCGUUGCGGUACGAGCUACGCAUGAAGCCAUUUUUGAUGAUCGACUCGCCUCGCCUGACGCCAUUCGAGGAUGUCGACAAGGAGCUCCAUCCGUUUGGACCGUACAACGCGCCGGAGAAAUCUCUCCAAGAGAUUAUUCACCGGUUGUCGCACGAUGUCGAAGCCAUGAUCAAGGAGGCCAAGAGCGAAUUUGCGGCGGUGAAGAAGCUGGGAGCUAAAGUGGCAAAGAGCGAGGGCGUCAAGGAGGCCUGGGAGAAGAACGUACAAAACGUGCUGCUUUCCUGCAUCUCUACAGGUCUUGCUGGAGCGACGCUUGGUGAGUUGGAGAACUCAGAAAAGCUGUCGGAGAUCGUGGAAACGAAGGCUGUGAAAAUGGCAGAGGCAGAACAGGGCAAGAAGUACCACGAUUGGUGGGUGGUGCCAAAAGUCGAGGUUGUAGAGUAA